AUGCGCUGCGAUUGGGAUCAUGAGGCGCGCUCGAGGCGGAGAGCGGUGGCAAGUCUUCUCGUCUUCGCCAAGGAGCUGGAGAGGGCGGGGCGGAUCUCGAAAGCGAGUAAGGGCCUCCUGAAAGAGAGGCGAGCGAGCAAAUCGCACGAGGAGCUCUUCGAGAUCUGCCCGUUGGAGCAAGCGCACCUCCUUUCUCAGAAGGACACUGAGAACCUGGCAGACGGUUCUGACACCAAGAUUGCCGCACACGGCAUCUACACCGAAACACGCUGCUACGACGGGAAACGUCAAGGCGCGAGCGAUCGGGAGUCUCCUCCUCGGCCUUCGUGUCGAGGGGGCAGUGAGGAGGAGGACGACGACGACAGCGAGGGCGGAGUGGGUAUGGGGGGAGGAGCUGACGUUGAGGAGGAAGAAAUGUGCACACAGGGAAGCGUCGAGGUGGAGGAAGAGGAGGAGGAAGAGGAAGAGGAAGAGGAGGAGGAGGAGCGUUGGCAAGGAAGCAGCGGGUGCGUUCAGGAUGGUAGAAACGAGCCCCGCAACGUCGGCUGCGACGGCGGCAGCACGAACGCACCACGGCACGGGCUGGGGGCGGAGUCGGCGAUGACAGCGGCAGGCAGCAGCCCUGGCGAGAGACGAGACGGAGAACGAGGAGGAGGAGGAGGGUUGAAGUUCUAUGACCUUGGCAGCGGGUCGGGAAAGGCCCUGUUCGCCGCGGUCCUGGCAGUUGACUUUCGCUGCGCGGUAGGGAUAGAAGUCCUAGCCGGCGUUUACCGCGCCUCGACCCGAGUGUUGAAGCGCUACCGCAGGCUGGUGGAGCCGGUGUUUUGCACCCCCGCGGACAUCGAGUUGCGCAAGGGCUCUUUCCUGGACCCCGCGUGCGACUGGUCCGACGGCGACCUGGUGUUCGCCAACUCCACCUGUUUCGCCGAGGACACCCUGCUGGCCAUCGCGAGAAGGGCCGAGCUCCUGCGGCCCGGGGCGCGCGUGGUGACGUUCACGACGGCCCUCAAGACCCUCUGGCUGAGGGUGCUCACGAAGAGGAGGUACCAGAUGUCGUGGGGGCCGGCGACGGUAUUCCUUCACCAGAAACUGAGCCGGGAGGAGUACGCCAGGCGGGUGGCGGCGAAGGAAAAUACCCCUUUCGACGAGGACCAGGGGGUGGUGGCCCGGGCCGAUACCCUUCCCCCGCGCGCCGCCCCCAAAACCAAGACCACUAGGGACAAGCUUAAGCCUUCACCAUCACCAUCAUUGUCAACAGAAGCAGCAGCAGCAGUAGUACCGCCCCCCGUCCCUUUGGCGCCGGCAUGGUCGUUCCCCUCCUCCCUGGCGGCGGGGGGUGCGGGCGAUUGCUUCGGCGCUGCUAGCGACGACGUAGAGCGGAGGGGGGGGCAUCGCGGAGACGGUGGCGGUAUCGAUGACGGGGAAGGGGAGGAGGAGGGGGAGGAGGAAGGAGGAGAGGACAGGUUUUGUAGGGGUUUUGGCGAAGGCCCUGGAGACGGCUGUGAGACGGAGGAGGAGGAGGAGGAGGAGGAGGAGGAGGAGGAGACCGGAAGCAGCGACGGCAGCAGUAGCACCAGUAGGCGUGCGGCAGGAGGAGACGCGGGGGGGCGAGGGGGGCGGGAAGAGGGCGCCCGCCUGGCAUGCUGUUCGUCCUGGCCCCGAAGGCCUUUACACUGCUAG